AUGCCACUCGAAACAACGCACGCUAGUAUAUCAAAGCCUGGGAAGAGUAAAAAGUGUAAUAUUCCAAGAGCUCAUAGCACCAUAGAACCUGAUAUGCAUCAUAUGUAUGGCUCAUCCCUUUAUAGAUCACAUUUUGAGGGUGAUUCUUUUAUUCCAAAAGUUUUAAAAACUAGACUUCAUGAUUUAUUUUUACAAAUAGAAAAGGAGUUUGAAAGUUUAUGUUUUGAAAAUAUUUCUCUACAGGAAAAAAUUGAGGUCUUAAAUGAUAGAUUAGAAAAAGAAUCUUUAAGUACUGAUAAACCAAAUGAUGUAGGCGAUAUUGAAAACUCAUCAGUAAAAGGAAACUAUUCUUCUAAGUUAAAAAGAGUUCAAAAAGUAAAAACUGCUCAUAAAUUAAAAGCUCAAACUAGCAAAAUUGUCUCCAGUUUUAAAGGGCCGACAAUGAAUUGUUCCAUUGUUAGAGAAUACUCUGGACAUAAAGAUGGUGUUUGGGAAGUUGAUGUUGCAAGACCAGGACAACCUUUAAUAGGAACUGCAUCUGCUGACCAUAGUGCUUGCAUAUGGGGUGUUGAUAAUGGUAAAUGUCUACUACAAUAUUUAGGACAUAGCGGAUCAGUUAAUUCCAUUUGUUUCCAUCCAACUAAAGAUCUUGUGUUAACUGCAAGUGGUGAUCAAACUACUCAUAUUUGGCAAGCAGUGAUAAAUUGGGAUCAAUUGAAAACAUAUUCUUCAGAAGAAGAUGGAGAUACAGAGAAAGAUGAAUUUGCAGAAGAUUUAAAAAUGUUCGAUGGAGCACCCAGUUUAAGAACACCUGUUAGGGAAUUAACAGGGCAUACAGGAGUUGUCGUUUCUGCUGAUUGGCUUCCUUCCGGAGACCAAAUAAUAACAGCAUCUUGGGAUCGAACAGCAAAUUUAUAUGAUGUUGAAACGGGGGAACUAGUUCAAUCUUUGGGUGGUCACGAUUUGGAAUUAACUCACACUUCUGCACAUCCAGUACAAAGACUCGUAGUUACUUCUUCAAAGGACACUACAUUUAGGUUAUGGGAUUUUAGGGAAUCAAUUCAUUCUGUUUCAGUAUUUCAGGGUCACACAGACACUGUCACUUCAGCAGUUUUUACUAAAGAAGACAAAGUCGUGUCCGGAUCAGAUGACAGAAGUGUAAAAGUUUGGGAUAUGCGAAAUAUGAGAUCUCCCUUGGCUACAAUUCGAUCGGACUCUGCAGUAAAUAGAAUAGCUGUGUCUUCUACUGGAGUCAUAGCCAUACCUCACGAUAAUCGUCAAAUUAGACUUUUUGAUUUAAAUGGACAACGUAUUGUAAGGCUGCCCAGAAGCAGUAAACAGGGUCAUCGCAGAAUGGUGAGCUCUGUUGCAUGGGCAGAUGAAUCCACUAGUAUGUCUUGUAAUUUUUUUUCAUGCGACUUUGAUAGGCUUAUCAUAGGUUGGUCUGUUCAACCAUGUGUAAAAGAUUCUUAA